AUCUCUUCACACCUAAACACCGCCACCUUUUUAAACGCCCCCAUCCCCCCUCCUCUCCUUCUAUUCUCUCUCUGUAUCUCUAUCUCUUAUCUCUCUUCCCUGAUGUCUGAAGGAGGAGGAGGAGAAGGCGGGCAAGAGAAGCUCCUGAGGCAAGGCCAGCUAUGGGCCUUGUUUAACUCGGACAACUCGGGCGGAGACACGGUCAUCAAGCCGCCGGAAUCGAGCUCAAAUAGUCUGUCGGGCCCUGCGCCGGGAGCUACGGUAUCCGCAGGGGGGAAGCGGGCCAGCGAUGGGGCGUCGAAGAGCUCGUCCUCGAAGGGUGGGAGCCAGGAGGGAAAAGGACCCAGCGAAUCAGAUCAUGAGAUGCACAUAUGGACUGAGAGGGAGAGGAGGAAGAAGAUGAGGAACAUGUUCACAAGUCUCCAUGCCCUCCUUCCCCAUCUACCUCCAAAGGCCGACAAAUCCACCAUUGUCGACGAGGCGGUGAAGUACAUCAAGAAGCUGGAGCAGAACGUCCAGAAGCUCGAGAAACAGAAGGAGGAACGAAUCCGAGGUGCGACCUCGGAGGAACCUUCGUCGAAGACGCAAGGGAUGGAGAUGACGACAAGGGAGGCAUUCAUGGCAGAUCAGGUCAAGAACUGGGCGGCGGCAAACUCCCCAACAGCUGUCUCGAUACCUCGAUGCCGCUCCAGCUUCCAGACUUGGACGUCGCCAAAUGUGGUGCUGAAUGUGACGGGAUCGGAUGCGCACAUCAGCAUCUGCACUGCCAAGAAGCCGGGCAUCCUCUCUGCCAUCGUCUAUGUGCUCGAGAGGCAUAAACUCGAAGUGGUGUCGGCCCAAAUCUCGUCGAAUAGAUUCAGGAGCAUGAUAAUGAUUCAUGCCCAUGCAACCGGAGUAUCUGAUCAAUUCCCUGAGAUGUUGAUGAUAGAAGACUUAUACAAAUAUGCAGUUGGCGAGAUACUCCUCUGGCUUACUCCGUGAUCAUAUCGAACGGCCCCAUGCAAAGCUUCUCUUUGAGGACAAGGCAUGCCUUCAAUGGUGUGCAUGCACCAAGGGAGAAAAGAGCCUUCACCUAUUAUAUAUAUAUAUAUAUAGGGCUGGCCCCCUUCUUUAGGUUGAUUUAAGAAUAGGUUAUGUGUUUUUCCAUACUGUUCAGAAUUUGUUCAAUGCAUGGGUACUGGUUCUGCAAACUGUAUUUAGAGGUGGCGAACUAAACUAUUGUUGGUUGUUAUAUGAAACUUUCAGCUUUUCCUGUAGGACAUCUCAUUUUUCUCCUCAUAGAUGAGAUGAAUUGGUUACAAUCAUGGAUAUAUAGAAAA